UGCAAAGUCGAACCGUCGUUGCAAACCACGACUUCCUUCGAAAUCAGUGCACAUGGUUUCAGCCACAAAGGAUCUCAAGCAGGGCGACCAUCCUGCAAAGGACGGAUUCGAGCCUCUGUUGAACGAAACCUUUGCCGGAAAGCAUCUCACUGACCCUAUUCCUGAAAUCAAGGAUAAAUGGAAGCUUUUGCCUGCGUUUCUCAAAGUCAAAGGUCUCGUUAAGCAGCAUAUUGAUUCCUUCAACUACUUUGUCAAUAUUGAUUUGAAGAAGAUUGUCAAGGCCAACCAACGUGUCACCUCCGACGUUGAUCCUCAUUUCUUCCUCAAGUAUUGCGACAUCUACGUCGGUAUUCCCGAACGAACAGACGCAGACGCCGCCAAUCAGCCCUAUACACCUCACGAAUGCCGACUUCGAGACUUGACCUACUCUGCCAAUAUAUAUGUUGAUAUUGAAUACGUGCGUGGCCGUACCAUUGUGCGACGAAAGAAGGUCGCCAUUGGUCGCUUGCCUAUCAUGCUUCGAAGUCAACAGUGCAUCUUGACUGGCAAGUCGGAAGCUGAGCUCGCCAAAUUGACCGAGUGUCCUUUGGAUCCUGGUGGCUACUUUGUCGUCAAGGGUGUUGAGAAGGUUAUUUUGGUGCAAGAACAGUUGUCAAAGAAUCGUAUCAUUGUCGAAAUGGAUAAGAAAAAUAAUGUUAUGGCUAGUGUACAGAGUUCUACUCACGAACGCAAGUCAAAAACCGCCAUCAUUGUCAAGCAUGACAGGAUUUACUUAAAGCAUAAUUCCAUAUCUGAAGAUGUCCCGAUCGUCGUUGCCAUGAAGGCUAUGGGUGUGCAAUCGGAUAAAGAAAUCGCUCAAUUGAUUUGUGGUAAUGACCACGAUCUUUUGGACUUGUUCUCCAUCAACAUUGAAGAGGCAUCCAAGUUGAAAAUAUACACUCAAAAGCAAGCUUUGGACUUUAUUGGAAGCAAGGUCAAGGUGAAUAGAAAGAUAUCCGGACCACGUAGACCUUGGGCGGACGAAGCAUUGGAAGUGUUGGCAACAGUCGUACUGGCACAUAUACCCGUAGAGAAUCUCAAUUUUAGAGAAAAGAGCAUUUAUGCUGCUAUGAUGGUCCGUAGAGUGCUACAAGCUGUCAAUCAUCAAGUUGAAGUGGAUGAUCGUGAUUAUGUCGGAAACAAGAGAUUGGAAUUGGCUGGUCAAUUGCUUUCGUUGCUAUUCGAAGAUCUAUUCAAAAAGUUCAACUCUGAUCUAAAAUUGAAUAUCGACAAGGUGCUCAAAAAGGUCAAUCGUACGCAAGAGUUUGAUGUGCAUAAUCAAAUCAUCCUGCACGGCGAUCACAUCACAUCUGGGUUCAUUCGAGCUAUUUCCACUGGUAACUGGGUGUUGAAGCGUUUCAAGAUGGACCGCGCUGGUAUCACGCAUGUGCUUUCUCGUUUGAGUUAUAUCUCAGCUCUGGGUAUGAUGACACGUAUUGCCUCUCAGUUCGAGAAAACUAGAAAGGUGUCUGGUCCUAGAGCUCUGCAGCCUUCGCAGUGGGGUAUGUUGUGUACAUCCGAUACACCAGAAGGAGAAGCGUGCGGUCUUGUCAAGAACUUGGCGCUCAUGACCCAUAUCACUACGGAUAACGAAGAAAGCCCCAUUCGCAAUUUGGUAUUUGUGCUUGGUGUUGAAGAUGUCAAUAUGUUGACUGGUGCCGAACUUUACCAGCCCAAUGUCUUUGUCGUGUUCUUGAACGGUAGUAUUUUGGGUAUUACUCGAAGAGCUGAAAAGUUCGUUCACGAUUUCCGUCGCAUGCGUCGAGCUGGCCGUGUGUCUGAGUUCGUCUCCAUCUUCAUCAACGAUCAUCAAAGGACCAUCAACUUGUCAUCGGAUGGUGGUCGUAUUUGUCGACCUCUGAUUAUUGUUGAAAACCGGAAACCGCGCGUGACCCAACAGCACAUCAACGACCUCAUCGCUGAGAAGUUGACAUUCGAAGAUUUCUUGAAGAAGGGUCUGGUGGAAUACUUGGACGUCAAUGAGGAAAGUGAUUCCAACAUCGCUACCUACGAACCCGAUAUCAUUCCGGAAAGCACCCAUCUUGAAAUUGAACCUUUCACUAUCCUUGGAGCUGUCGCUGGUCUUAUUCCAUACCCACAUCAUAAUCAAUCUCCACGUAACACGUACCAAUGUGCUAUGGGUAAACAGGCUAUUGGCGCAAUUGCAUACAACCAGUUGAAUCGCAUAGAUACACUUUUGUAUCUGAUGGUCUACCCACAACAACCCAUGGUCAAGACCAAGACCAUUGAACUCAUCGGUUAUGACAAGCUUCCUGCUGGACAAAACGCUACUGUUGCUGUCAUGAGUUACUCUGGCUAUGAUAUUGAAGAUGCUUUGGUUUUGAACAAGUCAGGUCUUGAUCGUGGUUUUGGUAGAUGCCAGGUCAUGCGCAAGUAUGCUACCAUGGUCAAACAGUACCCCAACGGCACUCAUGAUCGCUUGGUGGAUCCUCCUCAACCUGACUCGGAGCUUUGGAACAGUACCUAUGCUGCAUUGGAUGCCGAUGGUAUUGCUUCCCCUGCCGAGCCUCUGGAAAGUGGUUCCAUUUACAUCAACAAGCAAGUACCCUCCAACACCAAUGCAGAAUUGGGUGUUGGAUCAGGGGUGCAGAACAUCACAUACAAGGGUGCGCCCAUGCGGUACAAGUCACCUCAAACAGGCUAUGUUGAUAAGGUGCUUUUGACCACCACGGAGAGUGACCAGACCCUCAUCAAGGUUCUUGUCCGCCAAACUCGACGUCCUGAAUUGGGUGACAAGUUCUCUUCUAGACACGGACAGAAGGGUGUCUGCGGUAUCAUUGUGCAACAGGAGGAUAUGCCGUUUACAGAUCUCGGUGUUACUCCCGAUAUCAUCAUGAACCCACAUGGUUUCCCCUCUCGUAUGACAGUGGGUAAAAUGAUUGAGUUGCUAGCUGGUAAAGCCGGUGUUUUGGCUGGUAAACUCCAAUAUGGUACUGCGUUUGGAGGUUCCAAGGUAGCGGACAUGAGUCAGAUUUUGAUCGAAAACGGCUUCAGUUAUUCUGGCAAGGACUAUGUGACAUCUGGUAUCACUGGCGAACCGUUGUCUGCGUAUAUUUUCUUCGGCCCCAUCUACUACCAAAAGCUAAAGCAUAUGGUCAUGGACAAGAUGCACGCACGUGCCCGCGGUCCACGAGCUACCCUCACACGUCAACCUACCGAAGGUCGUUCAAGAGAUGGUGGUCUUCGUCUGGGAGAAAUGGAACGUGAUUGCUUGAUCGGUUACGGAGCUAGUAUGCUGCUCCUUGAACGUCUUAUGAUUUCAUCGGAUGCUUUUGAAAUCCAUGUGUGCGAGGAGUGUGGUCUCAUCGGUUAUGCAGGAUGGUGUCAGUUCUGUAAGAGCAGCAAGAAGAUGAAGAGUAUGCAAAUCCCCUAUGCAGCCAAGUUGCUGUUCCAAGAACUCAUGUCCAUGAACAUUUGUACUCGACUUAUGCUUGACGACGCUCUCUAAGGCAACACAUCCUCGGCCAAAUGUAUAAAUUUUUUUCUAAUUAAAUCCCUUGCAUCUCUCCAAUGUACUAUAUGUUUUUGCCAUGACAGACAGAAAUAAACGUUAUCGUUCCCACUCACAUGCAAAGCUCACAUG